AUGGCAAAGAUUGUGAUCUUUACAUUAUUUUCAAUGCUCUACAUUCCUAUCUGUCUUGUUAUAUCUCUCAAUAACUCCAUCGAUGAGACUGCUCUUCUAGCCUUCAAAUCUCAAAUAUCUUAUGAUCCGGACGAUAUCUUGGCCAUGAACUGGACUCGAGGAACCUCUUUUUGUAACUGGAUUGGUAUUACUUGUGGUGGCAUGAAUCAAAGAGUGACGGGUAUAAAUCUUGCAGAUAUGGGUAUAGGAGGUACCAUUGCUAAAGAUAUUGGUAAACUCUCUUUUCUAGAAUCCAUUGUUAUUAGUAACAACAAUUUUCAUGGUUUUAUUCCUGAAGAGAUGGGUAACUUGAGUCAACUUCUAGAAAUAGAUAUGCAAUUCAAUGAGCUAGGUGGUUUAAUUCCAACGAAUUUCGGAUUUCUUGGAAAACUUCAAAAGUUAAAUCUGCGGGGAAACGGUCUCACAGGUUAUAUUCCAGAAAGGAUUUUCAAUCUCUCUUCCUUGUUAGAAAUUAAUUUCAGAAACAAUAGUCUCUCCGGGAGUCUUCCGAUUGAUAUUUGUAAAAAUCUUCCAAAGCUAGAGACUCUACGAAUUUCAGCAAAUCAAAUAGGUGGAAGUAUUCCUCCAAGCUUGGGAUCAUGCGGGAAGCUCAAGAUACUUUCUCUAUCAUUCAAUGAUUUCGGUGGAAGCAUUCCAAUGGAGAUUGGGAACUUGUCAACCCUUCAGAUUCUCUAUCUAAACAAAAAUAAUUUGAUUGGAGAUAUGCCUUCAACUAUCUUCAACAUAUCUUCUUUACUAAAUAUUUCGGUGGAAAACAAUAAAAUUUCUGGGUACUUUCCUGAUGAUCCAUGCAACCGAGCUGCAAUGCUUGAGAGCAUAGAACUUCAUAACAACCACUUCCAUGGAAGGAUACCUUCUAGUCUAUCGCGUUGUCGUGCUCUUAAACUACUUACUAUCUCCAAGAAUAGAUUCACAGGAAGUAUUCCAAAUGGCAUUGGAAACUUAUCAGCACUUCACCGGCUCGUUUUGAGUUACAAUUAUUUGAAUGGUUCUAUUCCACAUACAAUUGGCAACAUAUCAACUUUGGAGAGUUUCACAAUUCAUGACAACAGUAUCAGCGGAAAGAUCCCACAAGAAUUGGGACAACUGUCGAAUUUAAAAGGGUUAUAUCUUUCUCUUAAUAAGCUUGAGGGUGAAAUACCAGAAUCCAUCUUCAACCUCUCCAAAUUACAAGAACUUGCAGUUGUACUCAAUGAUAUCUCUGGUAAUCUUCCAUCAUCAAUUGCCGAUGGACUCCCUAAUCUUGAACGUCUCUAUCUUGGUGGUAAUCGUUUAAGUGGAGUAAUUCCUAGUUCUGUUUGUAAUUUUUCUAAACUUAGCAUACUGGAGCUCAGUAAUAACUCAUUUAGUGGACAAGUACCCAUGAAUUUUGGGAAUUUAAGGAACCUCCAGCUACUAGGUUUAUCAUCUAAUCGGUUAAUAAAUGAUCCAUCAACGCCAGAAUUGGGUUUUCUAAUUUCAUUAAAAAAUUGUAGGCACUUGAAGAACAUAAAGAUCAAUAACAAUUUUUUUGAUGGAAUGCUUCCAAAAUCCUUGGGGAUAGGUAAUUUGUCGGCAUCUCUUGAAAGACUCUAUGCAAGUUCUUGUGGCAUCAAGGGCAGGAUUCCAAAUGAAAUUGGUAAUCUGAGCAACUUGAUUAUGUUGGAAGUAGGAGUCAAUGACUUGACAGGAACAAUUCCUGACACACUGGGCCAAUUAAAGAAGAUACAAGUGCUUGGAAUUAGUGGAAAUAAACUUCAGGGGCCGAUACCCGUCAAAUUUUGCAAUUUGGAAAAUUUGUACGUCUUAAAUUUGGCGGAAAACAAGCUCUCUGAACAUUUACCAGGGUGUUUAGGAAAUGUUACUUCACUACGACAAAUUUAUCUAGCUUACAAUGUGUUGACUUCCACUAUACCGUUGAACUUAUGGAACAAUGACAAAAUUCAAAUUUUGUCUGUGUCUCAUAAUUUGCUUGUCGGUGAAAUUCCAAGCACUAUUGGUAAACUUCAGAGUUUGACAAACCUAACAUUAUCAAACAAUAGGUUAUAUGGUCCUAUACCUGAGUCGUUUGGUAACUUAACGGAAUUGCAAUGGUUGGAUCUAUCUCAAAAUAAUCUUUCUGGAGUGAUCCCCAAGUCAUUGGAGUCACUCGUGUAUCUUGUGUAUUUUAAUGUAUCAUUCAAUACACUCAGUGGUGUAAUUCCGAAUGGAGGACCUUUUAAGAACUUGACAGGAGAUUCUUUCAUAGGCAACGGAGAAUUAUGUGGAGCAUCUCAAUUCAAGGUCAUGCUGUGCAAAGGUAAUACGUCAAAAUCUUCAAGCAAGACCAGAUACCUGAAAUAUAUUUUACCAUCAUGUGCCUUCGUAGCAAGUAUAGCAAUUAUUACAGUUUGGUUUAUGAGACAUAAUACAAAUAAGCCUCAUCCAUUUCAGUCAAGUUUCUCCAUUGCCUUCACUAUGAAGAGGAUUUCAUAUUAUGAAGUUCUUAAAUCUACCAAUUACUUUGAUGGAGAGAAUAUGAUAGGAAAAGGUAGUAUGGGUUCAGUAUUCAAGGGUAUAUUCCCCAAUGGGGUAGUUGCUGCUAUUAAGGUUUUCAAUUUAGAUUUGGAAGGUGCAUUUGCAAGCUUUGAUGCCGAGUGCCAGAUUAUGUGCAACGUUCGUCACAGAAAUCUCGUUAAGCCUAGCAACAUACUUUUGGAUGAAAAUAUAGUGGCCCAUGUUGGAGAUUUUGGCAUUGCCAAGCUCUUCACGGAAGACCAGAGAAUUUCACACACCAAGACUUUGGGCACCAUGGGGUACAUGGCACCAGAGUAUGGAUCAACAGGAUUAAUAUCGACUAUGGCGGAUGUUUACAGCUAUGGAAUUUUGUUGAUGGAAACAUUUACAAAAAAGAAGCCCACGGAUGAUUUGUUUGAUGGAGAGUUAACCAUGAGAAGAUGGAUGUUUGAAUCAUUCCCCGAUAAAAUAAUGCAAAUUGUAGACAUGGAUGUACUCAACCGAGAUGGAGAAAAUAUUAAAACUAAAGAGGGCUACUUAAAAUCAAUUACGCAGCUAGCACUUGAAUGCACGGUUGAUUUUCCGGAGGAAAGGCUCAAUAUGGAACAUGUUGUGAUAAGGCUCAAGAAGAUCAAAAGUGAAGUUUUUUCGAGCAUUAGUAUGACAGAAAAAGACUAA